CUUUCGUGGUGUAAAAGGGUGAGGAAUCAGAGAAGAAUAGGGAAGACGAGAGAGAAGGAAAAGCGUGACAAGUAACUCAGAUAUAUCUGAAAGCCAGCCUCGGCCGCAGAAGAAGAAAGAGUUGCUCUCUUCCUCUGCCUUCGCUAGCUAGCUGCUGCUCCUCUCUUCCUUCAGAGAGAGACGAAGGGUAUCUUCUCGGUUUCCUCUCUGUCUCUGUCCCCGCCUACUCGUUCCUGAACCAACUGGUGGUUUGGCCUGCUGCCAGGGUCCUUUGUUCUUUAGUAGAGGUGGGAAGAGUCGAGAGAGAGGAUUGUUAUGCGUGCCUACAUCCACUACUACUCUUCAUGUACCAGUGUUUGGGUUUUCCUCUCAUUGUUUUCCUUUCUUUGGUAGCUUUCUUGUCUUUAGAUUUGGAGGAGGGACGCCGGAGGUUUUCAGGAGACUUGUGGAAGAUUGAGAUGCCUAAUGACAGAAAGAACAAAACGGAAGAUGAUGGAUUCAUGUUGGGUAGUGAGUCUUUCUUCUGUGCCACUGAUUCCGACCAGUAACUGAUCUUACCACAGACCAAAAGAAGGAACAAGGGUUGACCUACAAAGAUCUGAUGUUCCUCGGAAUCAUGGAGGAAGAGCACUGCAGCGACCAAAAGCCACACCCGCCGCUGCAGCAGCGAUCAUCAUCGGCAACGCCAAGCUCGUCGGCUGCUGUUCCUCAGAAGAAGAAGAAGAGGAACCUCCCUGGAAAACCAUAUACGGAUGCGGAGGUAAUAGCUUUGUCACCCAAAACACUGAUGGCCACGAACCGCUUCACCUGCGAGGUCUGCAACAAAGGGUUCCAGCGGGAGCAGAACCUCCAGCUGCACCGGCGCGGCCACAACCUGCCGUGGAAGCUGAAGAAGAAGAACCCGGACGAGGUCCGCCGCCGCGUGUACCUCUGCCCGGAGCCCACCUGCGCCCACCACGACCCGUCGCGGGCCCUCGGGGACCUCACCGGCAUCAAGAAGCACUUCUGCCGCAAGCACGGCGAGAAGAGGUGGAAGUGCGACAAGUGCUCCAAGCGCUACGCCGUGCAGUCGGACUGGAAGGCCCAUUCCAAGAUCUGCGGCACUCGCGAGUACCGCUGCGACUGCGGCACUCUCUUCUCCAGGCGAGACAGCUUCGUCACCCACAGAGCCUUCUGUGAUGCAUUAGCACAAGAAAACGCAAGGAUUCCGACCGGCGCGCACGCCAUCGGCGGCCAGUUGUACCCAAACAGAGGCAUAACGUCGCACUUCUCAUCCUUAGCUCAACCUUCCAACGACCUCCUCCUCCUGCGGGGAAAUAGCGGUGCGGAUCACAUCGACGCCACCACCUCUCGGCAGCCUCAGACAUAUCACCCGUCUUCAUUCUACUUCGGUGGUGGAUCUAACCAAGGUUUCGAUGAGGACCCGCAGCUGCUUCAAAGCAAGCCCUUCCGUGGCAUGAUGCAACUCCAAGAUCUCCAAACAGUGGCCGAUGCCUCUUCCUCUUCUGCUGCGGCCGCUGUCAACGCUUUCGAUCUUGGCUUCUUCUCCGGCAGCGGUAGCACGAAUGCCCUCAACAGUGCAGGCGGAGGCACUGAGCCGAUGACGCUGUUCGCCGGAGACCUCACGAGUAAUCACAUUAACGAUGACGCAAACAUAUCUUCUCUGUAUAACUCAUGUAUGCAGCCGCAGAUAUCAGCAAGCUCACUGCUUCAGAAGACCACAACGUGGAGCGGUGGCAACGGCAGCUCAUUGCUUAGAGGUUUCGGUACCUCGUACCACAGCUACACAUCUGGUGUUAACGAUGGAAGUAGACAGAGCUCAGGAGCUCAUGUGGAGAACCAUUUCCAUGACAUCAUGAACUCCCUUGCUAGUGACCAAGUGGCUGGUUUCAGUGGCUUCAACCCAGGUCUGGGGAACAUGGGCGAGGACGGGUUGCGCAGCAACCUAUCGGCCGGAGGCAUCGGAGGCUCGGACAGAUCAACAAGAGACUUUCUUGGUGUUGACAGCAUGAUUAGAAGAAACAUGGUGGGAGGAGUUCAGGAGAGGGAACAGCAUCUUGGCAUUGGAAUGAGAUCCAUGGACACAGAGAUGAAGUCACGAGGUGGGAGACUGCAAUAGAACAAGUGUAACUGAACUUAGUAGAAGUAAGUAGCUCAUCAAGCUUGAUGACAGUGGAGUUGAGCUCUAUCUUGGCUGGUUUUAUCUUUUAAAUCCCAUAGCUAAUUAAUUAGCCGCAGGUGAUAGUCUUUACAGACAAUUUUUUUUUCUUUUUUUUUAUAUUAAUCGUUGUUUUUGUUUUAAA